AUGGAUAGCGGUAAACCGAAACUUCUGACACCUCCAGUCGUGCGACAAAACCCGUCCUCGGGUCCCACCGGAAAAGUUAUUGAAGUUCCCUCGGUGUCAGCUACACGCGAUGUUGUGACCAAAACAAUAGAUGCCAAACCAAUUACUGCUGACCAAAGCACGGCAAUCGGGACCGGAAGUAAUGAGAGUCAUGUUACAGUGCAAUCUACAAAUACAAACCUCCAGGGCAAUGCUGCAUUACCGCCAAUUGGCAAAACGGUUCCUCCAUAUGAGAACACAACUCUUCCGGCUGACAGUUCUGUCAAAAAGAGGCUCCCUCUGGAUAUUCCUGAGGUGUCGUCUGAAUCAGGCCAAAAGACAAUUCCAAAAACUGCUAUCAUAUCAAAAUCAACUUCUUUGCCUCCAAUUCUAGGCGCGAAAGCCGGUCAGAAUUCGCCUAGAAACAUCCCAAAGGACCUCAAAUUCAGCAAAGUUUUGACUGAUGGUAGUUUAAGCGAAGCAACCACAAUUGAUGCUCCGCUACAGCCCAAACCUUCUCAAGGAGGUCUCGAAGAUGUCAGUCGAGUGCCUUUGCUGGUCGUUGAAAAAAGUGGGGCAGAUAAUAACCAAACAAAAAUUGAAACUGGCCGGAAUGUUAGACAUAAUAUGGGGCUUGAUCCUGAUAACAUUGGCUUUGAUGACGGGCAUGCGAACGGCGACGUUCUCAACUACAAUCCAAAUAGUUCAAAUAAGAAAUUUGAACCACAAACCCUGGAUCGCGGAAUUUACAUGAGUGGCGAAGAGCCAGUGGUUGCUACAGAAGAUAGAUCAGGAUCUCAACCAGAUGGACGCCAAUUGGAUUCGAAAAGUCACUCUGACGGGAACCAAGCCUCGAAGCCUCGUGUUAGAUCUCUUACUUUUGAUGACAACGCAUCCUACGGAAGAGAUCAAGUUAAUCAGUUUAAUGACAAGAACUCAGGUGCUGUUGACUUUCUGUUGCACGAUCACUCACAAGCACUUGAGCCCAAUUCAAUUUUAGCUAAGGCAAUUGCAAAUGCUGCGGCCGAACUGAGACUCUCAGAUCAGGGCAGAUCUUCAACUAAUACCAUGGUUGGUCUUGGAAGCAUCAAUGAUAUAAGUCUGAUUCAUGGUCUCGGUGCUUCUGGAACCGAAAACUUGCUCACCACAAAAGAAAGCAAUACUAUCAAUCAUUCCACAAACGUAUUGAAUACCCAACCUCAAUCGGACCAUAAUGUCAGAGCUCAGGUUGGAGCAAGAGAAGUUCAGAACGAUAGCAGGCGCAUUGAGCUCGAGGAGGCCAUUCGGCGGCAUAAUAGGUAUGGCCGUAAAUAUGGAGCAAAGAAAAGGCUGUGGGUCUGGUCUUGGUUUGCUCAAGACCCCAGUGAUCCCAAUGUUGCGGUUUGCGAUUAUUGUGGCAAAGUUGUUCGGCGCAGACCAAGUGACAAAGGCUCCCCCAAGAAAUUGAGUGAGCAUUUGCGAACGCACAAGCUCACAAAAACCCUGGCAAACAAUACUAGAGCAAUGCCAAUUGACAGUGGGACCAUUGCUUAUGCGGGCGCUCCAAAUCAAAUUUCAUAUAGUGACAAUGGAAUGGCUAGAAGAAAGAGUAGUUUGUCACUGCUUGGAUUGGCCCCCCAACAGAUGCAUCAGGUUCCAUUGUUGGCACAGCUGGCUCUUUCUACCAAUCAAUUGGGUCCAAAUAUGAAUUACCAACUGCAUAGUCAAAAUCAACUGGAUUUUCAGCAGACCACCCAUGAUCAAGACCACCGCUCUGAUGUCAAUGGUUCUGCAUCAACCCACGGGUAUGGCAUUUCAUCUAGACAGAAUGUGUUGAAUAAUGGUAUCCAUACAAAUCAUCUUCAUCCAAAUCAUCAGGCAAUGAACACCCAACAACACCAGCAAAGUGUUCAUUUGAACUCAAACCAACCGAUGUUUUUGCUGAACGCUCCAAGCCAAGAAAACCCCGAAAAUCAAAACCAUGUUAAUCACAAUCUGAAUUUGCACCUGAUCUCUCAAUCGCACAAUUUCCAGCCUCAUCAGAAUCAAAAUGGAUCUCAGCACAAUUCAUCUAGCCAGGGCCCACAAGGUUAUCAUCAUCAACAAGGACAACCAAACGGCCAAGGCCGAAACUUCCAGCACCCCCAAAAUAGACAUGGAGGGAAUGAUAUUCACCGGUCAAAUCAGCAAAUUCUUCAGGAGUUGCGCCCAGAGGCUGAAGACUCAAUCACCCAAGACAUCCAUCAGUUUGUGCCUAAGCGUCAGCAAAGUAGCUUCAAUGACAGAUUAAGACCUCAGGUUCAAGAUGCCAAGAACUUGACUUCAGGUCCUUUAGGGGUUGAAUCUGACGAUCGAUUUCAAAGACGAUUGACACCAGAAUCCUUUGACGAAACGCCAUACUCAGAAACCAAAUUAUUGAAGCACCUCCUCGCGUUUCUACACGAGAACAAACUCUCGAUCGACGUUAUAAAGCUGCCUUCGUUUCGACAACUUGUGCACGAUCUACGUCCUGAAUCGGUAAAGGACUUGCUAGUUUUAGACACAGUAUAUUCCUCAUGUGUCGAAGUAGCCCGCACCAGUUCCAAUUCGUCUUUGAGAGCCGAUCCGGUCUUCUCCUCUAACAGUCUCGUCGGAAAAGUAGAUCCAGAAAUACUCAGAAAAUGA